AUGGAAGAAAAUUCAUUUCAACAUCUAGAUCCCAUUGGUCCACUAGAAUUGAACUACGAAGUAAUAGCAAGCCUGUCCAAAAGAAAGUUAAUAUCUCUCCUACGCAUGUGCAAAAUGAAUGUUCACAAGGGAAGGGAAGGAGACUAUUAG